AUGAAGAUCGAAGAGGUGAAAAGUACCACUAAGACCCAGCGCAUCGCAUCACAUAGCCACAUUAAGGGGCUCGGGCUGGAUGAGGCCGGCAACGCCAAGCAGUCCGCGUCCGGUCUGGUGGGGCAGGAGACGGCCAGAGAGGCCUGUGGUAUUAUCGUGGACCUGAUCCGUUCAAAGAAGAUGGCAGGGAGGGCAGUUUUACUUGCAGGACCUCCUGGAACUGGCAAGACAGCCUUAGCUCUGGCUAUGGCACAGGAGCUGGGCAACAAGGUGCCGUUUUGCCCAAUGGUCGGCAGCGAAGUCUACUCCUCUGAGAUCAAGAAGACCGAGGUGCUGAUGGAGAACUUCCGAAGGGCUAUUGGGCUGCGCAUCAAGGAGACCAAGGAGGUGUACGAGGGCGAGGUGACGGAGCUGACUCCGUGCGAGACCGAGAAUCCCAUGGGGGGCUACGGAAAGACCAUCAGCCAUGUCGUCAUUGGACUCAAGACCGCCAAGGGCACCAAGCAGCUCAAGCUGGAUCCCAGCAUCUAUGAAAGCUUGCAGAAGGAGCGGGUCGAGGUCGGCGAUGUCAUUUAUAUCGAAGCGAACAGCGGAGCGGUAAAGAGGCAAGGCCGCUGUGACACCUUCGCCACAGAGUUUGACCUGGAGGCAGAGGAGUACGUACCACUGCCCAAAGGGGACGUGCACAAGAAGAAGGAGAUCAUCCAGGACGUCACGCUGCAUGACCUGGAUGUAGCCAACGCCCGACCUCAGGGGGGUCAGGAUAUCUUGUCAAUGAUGGGCCAGCUGAUGAAGCCCAAGAAGACUGAGAUCACAGACAAGCUGCGCAGUGAGAUCAACAAGGUGGUGAACCGCUACAUCGACCAGGGCGUGGCAGAGCUGGUGCCCGGCGUGCUUUUCGUGGAUGAGGUGCACAUGCUGGACAUCGAAUGCUUCACCUACCUGCACCGAGCCCUGGAGAGCUCCAUCUCUCCCAUCGUGGUGUUUGCCUCCAAUCGCGGAAACUGCCUCGUCAGGGGCACAGAGGAUAUCUCCUCCCCACACGGCAUUCCCCUAGACCUGCUGGACAGAGUGAUGAUCAUUCGCACCAUGCUAUAUACACCUCAAGAGAUGAAACAGAUCAUUAAGAUCCGGGCUCAGACAGAGGGCAUCAUGAUCAGCGAGGAGGCCCUAACUCACCUGGGAGAGAUCGGCACCAAAACCACACUGAGGUACGCUGUACAGCUGCUGACCCCAGCCAGCCUACUCAGCCGUGUCCAGGGCAAGGAGACCGUGGAGAGGGAACAGGUGGAGGAGAUUAACGAGCUCUUCUAUGACGCCAAGUCCUCCGCUAAGAUCCUGCAAGACCAACAUGACAAGUUCAUGAAAUAACUGGCCUCCUCUUUCCCUGCCUUCCUAUAUUCCUCCCUCCAUCAUCCUUUCAUUUCUCUGCUCCUUCUCACCAUUAGUGGCUACUUCUGGCUCUGCACCCAAUGCUUUUUGCAGGCUAGUAAGUUGUAUCAUAUUAUUAAAUUUUAUUUUUGGAUGCGUUUGAUAAAUCUCCUGAAAUGUGAAUAAACUGAUUUGCCAUUUCAAAAAAAAAAAAAAAACAGAU